AUGUCUAAGGUCUCCAACUACGUCAAGGCGCUCAACGGCGGUGCGAACGUCACCGCCGCCGACGAUGAGCUUAAGGAACAAUUUUCCAAGAUUGAUAAAAAUGGAGAUGGAACAAUUGAUCUUUCAGAAUUACAAGAAGCUUUAGAUUUAUGUGGUUUUAAGCUACCUGCAUGGAAAGUUCGAAAAAUGAUUGAAGAUUAUGAUGGCAAAAGAACGGAAACAAAAGGAAAACUUGUGUUUUCAGAAUUUAAAAAGUUAUGUUCAGACUUAAAAGCAGGAGAAGUUGCUAGCUCAUUUAAACAAGUUGUUUCUAAAAAAGAAAACUUAGAAACAUUAGGUGGAAUGUCUGAUGCAUCAAGUGAAGGAACAACACAUUCUGUACGAUUAGAAGAACAGCUUGCAUUUUCUGAUUGGAUCAAUAGUAAUUUGAGUAAUGAUCCUGACUUAAAGCAUUUGCUUCCGAUAGAAUGUGAAGGGAAAAAUUUGUAUGAAAAAGUCAUAGAUGGAAUAUUACUCUGCAAAGUUAUCAAUCAUUCUUGUCCUGAUACAAUUGACGAAAGAGCAAUUAAUAAAGAAACAACCAAAAGCAACCUUACUGUUUACAAAAAAUUAGAAAAUUUAACAUUAGCACUAGUUUCCAGUCAAUCUAUUGGCUGUAAUAUUGUCAAUAUUGAUGCUCAUGAUCUUGCUAAAGGAAAACCACAUUUAGUCCUUGGUUUACUUUGGCAAAUUAUUAGGAUAGGAUUGUUUAAUCAAAUUACUCUUGAAAACUGUCCUGGGUUAGCUACAUUGUUACAAGAUGGAGAAAAAAUUGAAGAGCUUAUUAAACUAUCACCAGAAGCUAUACUUCUUCGAUGGGUUAAUUACCACUUGAAUCGUGCUGGAGUUUCAAGACAAUGCCAUAACUUCCAAAAUGAUAUAACUGAUUCAGAAAUAUACACAUACCUUAUGAAGCAAAUUGCACCACUUGAUUCUGAUGUUGAUAUGUCUGCACUUAUGGAACCGGAUUUGAACAAAAGAGCAGAUAUAAUGUUACAGCAAGCAGCUAAGUUAGGGUGUCGUAGUUUUGUAACACCUGUUGAUGUCGUGAAUGGUGUAUACAAAUUAAAUCUUGCAUUUGUUGCUAAUUUGUUUAACAAUCAUCCAGGAUUGGAUAAACCUGAAGGAGAAAUAGCAGGAUUAGAAUCGAUUGAAGAAACAAGAGAAGAAAAAACUUACAGAAAUUGGAUGAAUUCUAUGGGCGUUGCACCUCAUGUUAAUUGGCUUUAUUCAGAUUUAGCAGAUGGUCUCAUCAUUUUUCAAUUGUAUGAUAUUAUUAAACCAGGAAUUGUAAAUUGGUCUAAAGUACACAGAAAAUUUUCUAAGCUACGAAAAUUCAUGGAAAAGUUGGAAAAUUGCAAUUAUGCUGUUGAGUUGGGUCGUCAGCUAAAGUUUUCAUUAGUUGGCAUUGCAGGACAAGAUUUAAAUGAUGGAAAUGCAACUCUUACAUUAGCUUUAAUUUGGCAACUAAUGAGAGCAUAUACUUUAUCUGUCUUAACUCAACUUGCCAAAACUGGAAGUCCCAUGAUUGAAAAAGAAAUUGUUACCUGGGUUAACAAUAAGUUACAAAAUGCCAAUAAAUCUUCAACUCUGAAAGGAUUUCAAGAUCAUGCAUUAUCUGAUGGCCGAAUUGUUAUUGAUUUAAUUGAUGCAAUAAAACCAGGCACUAUUAAUUAUGAUAUAGUUAAAGAAGGUGGCGAUGCUGAGGAUAAUUUAGCAAAUGCUAAGUAUGCAAUAUCAAUGGCAAGAAAGACAGGUGCUAGAGUGUAUGCUUUACCAGAAGAUAUCACGGAAGUAAAACCUAAAAUGGUAAUGACACUCUUUGCAUGUCUUAUGGCUAUUGAUUAUGUUCCUUACAUGGACGUUACUGGAAAAUCAGACUCGUAACCAAAUUAUGUAUUAAUAUUAUUCUUAGAAAUUAUCAACAUUUACAGUUUUAUAUACCUUAUUUAUUUAUAUAUAAAUAUUUGUAAAUUAUUUUAUAUUGAACAAUAUUUUUUUUAAUUUUGGAAAUUUACAGCAUUUAAACAUAAUAUGUUGACUGUCGAUAAGUUUGAUGUACAAUACAAUUUUUAUAAAUUAAUUAAAAUUUUUGUAAUAGGUAUUAAGCAUGUUUAAAUCAACUUUUAUUUUCCAAAUAUUUUGUAUAUUUGUUAAAAACGAACACUUGGCAACAUUUGUUACCAAUUUUUUAUAUUU